CUCCCCUACGUCCCCAACAAGCCCAUAAGGCCUGCUGCCCAAGGGCCACCGCCUCUCCGCUUGAGUCAUGGUCCACCUUCUUAUCCCAUUUCCGGAGAGAGGCUACUAUAAGCUCGAGAGAUACAAGGGGACUUCUUUCGAGGAGAAAAGCGGAUGCAGACGAUGAAGGAGGAAGGAUGAAGUGAACGAUUUUCGCGCGCUUUGUCGCGGGGAAUUGUGGGUAGCGCACCGGGGAGGGAAAAGAGAAUCCCCGAAGCUGGGUCGCGCCGCCCGCUGGGCCUGAGGGGAUGUUAGAGGACGAGCCCCAAGCCGAGGGCGCUGCGGUGGCGGCCGCCGCCAGGGAGGCGCUGCAGGCCCUGUGCCAGCAGCUGAACCUGGACGAGGGGAGCGCGGCCGAAGCCCUAGACGACUUCACAGCCAUCCGGGGCAACUACAGCCUGGAGGGAGAAGUUAUCCAUUGGUUGGCAUGUUCAUUGUAUGUUGCAUGCCGCAAGAGCAUUAUUCCCACAGUUGGAAAGGGUGUCAUGGAAGGAAACUGCGUUUCACUUACUAGAAUACUACGUUCAGCUAAAUUAAGUUUAAUACAGUUUUUUAGUAAAAUGAAGAAGUGGAUGGACAUGUCAAACCUACCACAGGAAUUUCGUGAACGUAUAGAAAGGCUAGAAAGAAAUUUUGAAGUAUCCACUGUAAUUUUUAAAAAAUUUGAGCCAAUUUUUUUAGAUAUAUUUCAAAAUCCAUAUGAAGAGCUCCCAAAGUUGCCACGAAGCAGGAAGCAGAGGAGAAUUCCUUGCAGUGUUAAGGAUCUCUUUAAUUUCUGUUGGACACUGUUUGUUUACACUAAGGGUAAUUUUCGUAUGAUUGGUGAUGAUUUAGUAAACUCAUAUCAUUUACUUCUGUGCUGCUUGGACCUGAUUUUUGCCAAUGCUGUUAUGUGCCCAAAUAGACGAGACUUGCUAAAUCCAUCAUUUAAAGGUUUACCACCUGCUUUCCAUACUCCUGACUUUAAUGGUCCUGAAGAACCUCCCUGCAUCAUUACUGUGCUAUGUGAACUGCAUGAUGGACUUCUAGUAGAAGCAAAAGGAAUAAAGGAGCAUUACUUCAAGCCAUAUAUUUCAAAACUCUUUGAUAAGAAGAUUUUGAAAGGUGAAUGCCUCUUGGACCUUUCCAGUUUUACUGAUAAUAGCAAAGCAGUGAACAAGGAGUAUGAAGAAUAUGUUCUAACUGUUGGUGACUUUGAUGAGAGGAUCUUUUUGGGAGCAGAUGCAGAAGAAGAAAUCGGAACACCCCGAAAGUUCAUUGGCGAUACCCCAUUUGGGAAACUGACAUCGCAGGCCAAUGUGGAAUGUAACCUUCAACAGCACUUUGAAAAAAAAAGGUCAUUUGCACCUUCUACCCCGCUUACAGGACGGCGGUAUUUACAAGAAAAAGAGGCAGUCACUACUCCUGUUGCUUCAGCCACUCAAAGUGUGAGCCGUUUGCAGAGUAUUGUGGCCGGACUGAAAAAUGCACCAAGUGAACAGCUAAUAAGUAUUUUUGAAUCUUGUAUGCGGAAUCCCAUGGAAAACAUUAUGAAAAUAGUGAAAGGAAUAGGAGAGACUUUCUGUCAACAUUAUACUCAGUCAACAGAUAAACAGCCAGGAUCUCACAUGGACUUCGCUGUAAACAGACUAAAGCUGGCAGAAAUUUUGUAUUAUAAAAUAUUAGAGACUGUAAUGGUUCAAGAAACACGAAGACUUCAUGGAAUGGACAUGUCAGUUCUCCUAGAGCAAGAUAUAUUUCAUCGUUCCUUGAUGGCUUGUUGUUUAGAAAUUGUGCUCUUUGCCUAUAGCUCACCUCGUACUUUUCCUUGGAUUAUUGACGUUCUCAAUUUGCAACCAUUUUAUUUUUAUAAGGUUAUUGAGGUGGUGAUCCGAUCAGAGGAGGGGCUCUCCAGAGAUAUGGUGAAACACCUGAACAGCAUUGAAGAGCAUAUUUUGGAGAGUUUAGCUUGGACCAAUAAUUCUGCACUAUGGGAAGCUCUCCAGGCUUCUGCAAACAAAGUUCCUACAUGUGAAGAAGUUAUAUUACCAAAUAACUUUGAAAUAGGAAAUGGAGGAAAUGUACCAGGACAUCUCCCCAUGAUGCCAGUGUCUCCAAUAAUGCAUCCAAGAGUUAAGGAAGUUCGGACUGACAGUGGUAGUCUUCGAAGGGAUAUGCAGCCAUUGUCUCCGAUAUCUGUCCAUGAACGCUACAGCUCUCCUGCUGCAGGGAGUGCUAAGAGAAGACUUUUUGGAGAUGAUCCCCCAAAGGAAACAUUGAUAGAGAAGAUUAUGACAGAAGGAACUAAAUUGAAAAUUGCGCCGCCUUCUAGCAUUACUGCUGAAAGCUUAUCAGUUUCACCUGGGCAAGCUCUUCUAACAAUGGCCACAACCACAGUAACAGGGACGACAGGACAGAAAAUUACAAUUCCCUUGCAUGGUGUCGCCAAUGAUGCUGGAAAGAUCACACUGAUACCUAUUUCCAUGAAUACAACUCAAGAGUCCAAAGUUGAGAGCCCCAUAUCACUGACUGCUCAGUCUUUAAUUGGUACUUCUCCAAAACAGACCCAUCUGACUAAAGCACAAGACAUUCAUCUGACUGGAAUAAGCAAACCAAAGAGAACUGGGUCGCUAGCACUAUUUUACAGAAAGGUCUAUCAUUUAGCAAGUGUGCGCUUACGUGAUUUAUGUUUAAAACUGGAUGUUUCAAAUGAAUUACGAAGGAAGAUCUGGACAUGUUUUGAAUUUACUUUAGUUCACUGCCCUGACUUAAUGAAAGACAGGCAUUUGGAUCAGCUCCUCCUUUGUGCCUUUUACAUCAUGGCAAAGGUAACAAAAGAAGAAAGAACUUUUCAAGAAAUAAUGAAAAGUUAUAGAAACCAGCCCCAAGCUAAUAGUCAUGUAUAUAGAAGUGUUCUCUUGAAAAGUAUUCCAAGAGAAGUUGUGGCAUACAAUGGUGAUUUUGAAAUGACAGAUGGUGACGUAGAAGAUGCCACAAAAACACCCAACUGUUGCAGUGGCCCAGUGAAAGAAGAAAGAGGUGAUCUCAUCAAAUUUUACAAUACAAUAUAUGUAGGAAGAGUGAAAUCAUUUGCAUUGAAAUAUGAUUUGUCCAAUCAGGACCAUAUGAUGGAUGCUCCACCCCUCUCUCCUUUUCCACACAUUAAGCAACAGCCAGGCUCACCACGCCGUGUUUCUCAUCAGCAUUCCAUUUAUGUUUCCCCACACAAGAAUGGGUCAGGCCUUACACCAAGGAGUGCUCUGUUGUACAAGUUCAAUGGCAGCCCUUCUAAGAGUUUGAAAGAUAUCAACAACAUGAUAAGGCAAGGUGAGCAGAAAACCAAGAAGCGAAUAAUCACCAGCAGUGGAGAUGCAGAGUCACCUGCCAAACGCCUCUGCCAAGAAAACGAUGAUGUUUUACUUAAACGACUACAGGAUGUUGUCAGUGAAAGAGCAAAUCACUAACAUCAUUCCUGUUUCUGAUAAAAGCACUUUUGAGCUGUUGUGAAGAAAGUUGAGACUCUAUCCUUUAAACCUUACUUACAUUGCUGGGUUACACAAAAAUUUGCACCAAAAGUAAGCACUUUUGUUUUUUAAACAUUUACCUGAAUUAUAUCUGACAGACAUACAUGUAUUUUGAGUUAGAUUGGAAAAGAAUGUUUUUAAGUGCCUUUACAAAUAUGAGUAAGAAUUUUUAGAAUGUUUAUUCCUUGGGUUACUCUUUAAGAUGAAUUAAGGGGAAACAUCCUUAUUUUUUAGCUUUCUUUUAAAAAUAAUCAAAUGUUCCUGUGCUUUGUUAUAUGAGGUUAAAUAAUCUUUUAGUGAUUCUACUUUGAUACUUGUAUUAUCAACUUACUAUUGAAGGUAGAGGUUAGUUCCCUUAGUAUAUGGGCUGAGUAAUGUGCCAACCUGUCUCUGGCCCAUUGGUAACUCUACACUGGAUGCCACUGCUGUGCUGGGUUAUCUGUGUCAUUUGUCCUCUUCCUCUCUUUGAGUAUAAACAGCUUUGUAACUGAGCCCCUACAAUGCCUCCACUUCCUGCUUUCCAGUCCUGGGCGCUCUUAGCCUGAUGUUACAACCCAGUGAAAGGGGCACUUGCUCAUUUUUUAAACUACUGUAGUUAGGAUUUUUCAUGACAUUAAAUUAUAUGUGAUCGUAUUCAGUCAUGUAUUUCUAAAAAUAGAAAACUGAUUUGUUUUGUUGUUGUUGUUGUUGUUGUUUGAGACAGGGUCUCUCUGUAGCACCAGCUGGCCUGGAACUUUCUAUAUAGAUCAGGCUGGCCUUAAUCUCACAGAGAUCCACUUGCUUCUGCUUCCGGAGUACUGGGAUCAAAGGUAUGUACCACCAUGCCUGGCCUUGGAAACUGCUUCUUAAUCUGAUAGAAUAAAAUUCAGAUAAAGUUAUGAGAAACUAAACUUCGUUAAGAAAGUAGCACUAUGAGAAGAAAAUUCAUUCUUGUUGGGCAUGGUGGGACAUGUCUAUAAUCCCAGAACACAGAAAGAUUGCUGGGAGUGUGAGGCUAGCCUGGGCUACAGAGCAACACCCUGAGUCUAAAAAGAUAAAUUAUUCAUUCUCGUUAUCUAAUUAGUUUCCUGAAAAAAUAUCUGAAAUCUUUUUUAAAAUCACACUGAAAUCACCUCAUGCCUUAUAAUUUGAAUGAUUCUGUACAAGAGAUGCUUAUUAUUUCUUUUCUAUGUUACCUUGUUUGUUCCAAUUAUCAUUAGUUUAUCACUAGUUUUCCAUUGGUGUUUAACCUCUGGGUCCCCUUGAAGGUUUUUCCACUACUGGAGGUACAGCCUCCUAAAUAAUCAGAUCUUCAACACUCACUUUUUCUCUUGUGUUUAUAAAAUCUGGAAGGAUGUAAACAAGCCAUUCUUAAUUUUGAAUCGAUAUCAAUACAAAUAUUUUUAGCUGCAAACCUUAUUUUUUUUAAUGUAUAAUGUUGGGCUGACAGUGUAGCUCAGCAAAAUGUUUAACUUAUCUAGCCCUAGCUAAUUUGAAUUACUCCAAAAUUUCACUGUCAGUUAAUGAGAGUAAUAUCAGCAAUUUUAUUUUUAAAUUUUAAAAAGAAAGCCGGGCGUGGUGGCACAUGCCUUUAAUCCCAGCACUUGGGAGGCAGAGGCAGGCGGAUCUUUGUGAGUUCGAGGCCAGCCUGGUCUACAUAGUG